AUUUGAAAGCUGAAACAAACAGGUAGCUAUCAUGGAAGGUAAUGAAAGAAAAUCUCCAUUUGAUCCACAGCCAUUUUUGAAGCAUUGUGCUUACAGCAUUCCCAUCUCAAGGACGAAUAUAAAGUCAUAAAUCACCGCCACUUCCACUUCAGUCCUCUUUGUUGUUUGCUCUUUUAUACAAGCCUUCCAUCUGCUCUUUCCUGGGGCUUUCUUCCCAGUUGCUCGCCUCUCCCUAUGAACACACCGAAGACUUAGACCUCAGGUGCUGUCUGACAAUGGUGCUGGUGAUGGUGAUGCUCAUGGCAAUGAUGAAUACCCACAACCAUGAGGACAACUACACAAACAACCCAAAAGAGGGCUCACUUCAGUAAAUACCUGUUGCUUAGCUCUCUUAGAAAGUAUAAUGAAUGUGUUUAUCAUAAUCCCCACUGACAUUGAGCAGCUAAGUCUGUAGAAUGAAUGCAAUGAGGAAAGUCAUCAAGAAACAGGAGUAUUUCACUCUACAGGAUCCAAAUCCCUGAGUGAAGCAGACACAUAAAAACCCUCCUUUCGUAGCUCCCUCACUUAGCAUGUGAAAACAUGGUGCCAGGUCUGAAGGUCCUUCUGUUCCUCAGCCUGCAUCUCUUGCAGGAGGUGAAAAGCUCCAUGGUCCAUAAGAACAACAAUGGAUAUGAGGGUGUGGUCAUUGCAAUCAACCCCAGUGUGCCAGAAGAUGAGAGACUCAUCCAAAGCAUAAAGGAAAUGGUAACUCAAGCUUCUACUUACCUGUUUGAAGCCACCAAAAGAAGAUUUUAUUUCAGGAAUGUAAGCAUUUUAGUCCCAAUGACCUGGAAGACAAAAUCGGAGUACUUAACACCAAAACGAGAAUCAUAUGACCAAGCAGAUGUCAUAGUUGCUGAUCCUUAUCUGAAAUAUGGAAAUAAUCCCUACACACUUCAAUAUGGACAAUGUGGAGACAGAGGACAGUAUAUACAUUUUACUCCAAACUUCCUACUGACUGAUAAUUUUCGUAUCUAUGGACCCCAAGGCAGAGUCUUUGUCCAUGAGUGGGCCCAUCUCCGGUGGGGAGUAUUUGAUGAGUACAACAGAGAUCAGCCCUUCUACUUGUCCAGAUGGAACAUUAUUCAAGCAACAAGAUGUUCCACUCAUGUUUCUGGCAGAAUCAUAGUCAAAGAAUAUCAGGGAGGCAGCUGCAAAUCAAGGAAAUGCCGACGAGAUUCAAAGACAGGACUGUAUGAGCCCAAAUGUACAUUUAUCCCAAACAAAGCCCAAGCUGCCAAGAACUCCAUAAUGUUCAUGCAAAGUCUUGAUUCUGUGGUUGAAUUUUGCACAGAAAAAACACACAAUAGAGAAGCCCCAAACCAACAAAACAAAAUGUGCAAUUACAGAAGCACGUGGGACGUAAUCAAGAAGUCUGCUGAUUUUCAUUCCUCUCCUAUGAUAGGAACAGAAGCCCCGCCCAGACCUGCAUUUUCACUGCUGAGGUUCAAACAGCGGAUAGUCUGUUUGGUGCUAGAUAAAUCUGGAAGCAUGAAAUUUGGAAACCCUAUCACUCGUCUCACCCGAAUGAACCAAGCAGCAGAGCUGUUCUUAAUUCAAAUUAUUGAAAAGGGAUCCUUGGUUGGCCUGGUCACAUUUGAUAGCACUGCUACAAUCCAAAACCAUCUAGUAAGAAUGACCAGUGAGAACUCCUACCUAGAGAUCAGUGCGAACCUGCCUCAACAAGUUGGGAGUGGAACUUCAAUUUGUAAUGGACUCAGAAGCGGAUUCCAAGCAAUUACCUCCAGUAACCAGAGGACUUCCGGUUCUGAGAUCAUAUUGCUGACAGAUGGGGAAGAUGGCCAGAUAAGUUCAUGCUUUGAGGAAGUCAAAAGCAGUGGUGCCAUCAUCCACACCAUCGCUCUGGGGCCUUCCGCUGCUAGAGAACUGGAGACCUUGUCCAGCAUGACAGGAGGGCUUCGCUUUUAUGCCAGUCAUGAUGUAAAUGGCCUUAUGGAUGCUUUCAGUGGGAUUUCAUCUAGAAGUGGCAGCAUCUCUCAGCAGGCUCUGCAGUUGGAGAGCAAAGCCUUGAAUAUUAAAGGGAAGGAAUUGAUAAACAGUACAGUACUGGUGGAUAGUACCAUUGGCAAUGACACAUUCUUUGUUAUCACCUGGACAAUACAAAAGCCAGAAAUUGUUCUUCAAGAUCCAAAAGGGAAAAAAUACAUAACCUCAGAUUUCCCAGGUGAUGAUAAGCUAAAUAUUUUCUCUGUUCGACUUCGAAUACCAGGCAUUGCAGAGACAGGGACUUGGACCUACAGCCUCUUCAAUAAGGCUGAUGAAUCUCAGUUGCUAACAGUAACCGUGACCACCCGAGCAAGAAGUCCUACCACACCCCCAGUAAUCGCAACUGCUCACAUGAGUCAAAACACAGCACGGUACACUAGACCAAUGAUUGUGUAUGCACGAGUCAGCCAAGGGUUUCUGCUUGUUCUGGGAGCCAAUGUCACAGCCACUAUAGAAGCUGAAAAAGGACAUCAAGUCACAGUGGAGCUCUGGGACAAUGGGGCAGGUAAUGGGAACACGCGUUGACAGAAUUGAAUUUAAAAUUCUCUCUCUGGACUCUAUCUGAAUGCUUCCUCUGUAGGCUUAAGAACUGUAUUUCAAAGUGAAUGGAAUCUAGUUGUAAUGUGUCAAACCUCUGGACAGACAUAAACACCAUCGUCAUCUUCAAAGUUGGUGAGCAUUUUACUUGAACCAUGAAGGAAGUUGAGUACAGUUCUUGUCCAUCUCCAUUGUCA